CUAUUCUCUCUGCUUGUUACUCAAAACCCUCGCUGCCGCGCACUCACGAAAAUCGGCGGACCCAAGUCCCACGUCACCUGACCGCAAGUCUGCAACCGGCAAGCGGAAAGCGGCAACAGUGAGUCUCUCUCUCUCACAACUCAGGAUCUCACCCUUUUGUAGACUGUAAAUCUCUUCCUCCCUUAUUUGGUAGUAAUCGGUAGAUGCUAUUUAUUUAAGCCCUUGUUCCAGUUUAAAGUUGGAAUUUCUUCCUUCAUUUGCAGCCAUUCAAUUUUUUCUAUUUUUUAUUCUGUGGAAAAUGAUAUGAAAAUUGUCCUUGUAAGAGGUGAGAGGAGAAUGGAGACACCUAUUGGGACGUUCAAGACACCUAAUGUGACGUUUGAGCGAUUGCCCUCUCAUUACGACAAUUGGUCUACUACAGUAAUUCUUUUCAUAGAAAAUCUUGACGAGAUCUGUGUGUAUGCUUUUGACUCUGGAAAUGCGAUGUGUACCAUGUGUUUUCCUACAAUCGGGAUAAGUGUCUUUUUCGGAAACUGGAAUAUACUACUGUUGGCUUGAACAUUUACUUUGUUGGUGGCCUCGAUUAUCAUCGUGAUCUUGGUAACAUGGACGUUCCCUUUAAGAGAGUCAAAGUUUUUGAUAUUCGCAAUUGCGGAUGGGGUCCAGACAUCCCAAGGUUGAAAGCUCCCAAGCCUGCGCCGUUUGUGUUUUCCCUUAAUGGGAUGCUUUAUGUGCUUUCUACUAGUGUGUCGGAUAAGGAACCACACUUCGAGAUGCUGGAUACGAAAGAUCAUUCUGGAGGUUGGCUUCCGCUCCCUGAUCCCUCUUUUGUUAGCGACCAUAUACUACCAUCAAACCACGCUAAGAUUAUUGAUUACUCCAAGAAUAUGCUGUACGUAAGGUUGGUUCAUUGGUCUUAUAUCGAUUGCACAUCAGAUCUUUAUGGUUACAACGUGCAUGAUCACAAGUGGCACACUUUCCAAAUUUGCAUGUCUGAAGAAGACAUAACCUCUUCUAGCUCUUCUAGCCAAUCAACCGGGCCGAGUCCUCUGACAGCUCGCACGGCUAAUCUACUGAAAGCCAGUUGGUUUAAUGGUUGUGUAAUUGUAGAGAAUUACUUGUAUAGAUUUCAGAUGUUCCGGUACCCUAAACAGGAACUACGAGCUAUUCUCAUCAUUCGUGAUUUGGAGCAUGAAGUAGACGUGCACAAUAAUUCAGUCGAGCUCGAUUAUGUGGAUAAUGAGCAUUCUAAGGAUGAUCCACCCAUUGAAGGGAGCUGGGAGGUUGAUAUCUCCAAUGUUGUUCACAAAGUUGUGCUUGAUGAUAACUAUGCUGUUGGCCAUCUAGUUUAUCAAGGCAAGAGAAAUACGUGUUCAAGGUUUUCGUUGGUUAUCUUGUAUGCUUCGAAAGCUACUAAUCAUGUGUGUACAUGCACAUUUGAGUUGGAAGUGAAAAGCGAUAAAGCAGCUGCAGUUGGAGAGAGUUCAACUAGAUCAUUCAUUGCCAAACCCAUUGCCUGCAAGUCCCGCGGUAUUAACAUCGAUACGGCCAUGUUUUCCUGCAAGGGGCUCUAUGGCUAUGAUGAUUUAUGAUGUCGGAAGGUUCAACCUAAGAAUUGUUCAUGGAGGCUAACAGAAUGUCUGAAAAAAGCAGAGUAGUAUAUGAGCUCCUAAGAACAAAUAUCUAUUUUCUUUUGUUACUUUAACUCUAAUCUCCCUGUUUGUUAGACUGGAUCGUUUCUUUUGUCCAAGG